AUGGGUUCGGGCGAAUCAAAAACCAUUCAACAUUUGAAAAUGCAGCAGGAAAUGUUAAUAAAACAACAUCAAGAACUGUCACAACAAAUGCUCGAACAACAGGCCGAAAACAGGAAACAGCAAGAGGCUUUUGCUGAACAAAUAGUCAAAAUUUUUCUCAUUCUUCUUCAAUCAAAUUCUUCAGACGAACGUGUAAUACGAGAAGAAAAGAAAACAUUAGAAAUCGAAGGUGUAUCAUAUGAUAUUAGGCAAUUUGUAAAUCGCGGUGGUUUCGGUGAAAUAUACAAGGCACAAGCUCGUGGCAACAACAAGAUGGUUGCAAUUAAAUUUUUGCCAAACACAACUGGCAUUCAAGAUCAAAUUGAGAGAGAGGUGAACUUCUUGCGCGCCACACAGAAAAUUCAAAUGACUAAUCAUCCCGUCAUUGAAUACUAUGGAUGUAAAACGACGAACGAGGGUAUUUACAUUGCAAUGGAGUUGGCUCAUUGUGAUUUGUACACGUUUUGGAUAAAAAGAGUGAGCAAAGCGAGUGACAUGGAUAAAUUUGUGUUUGGCGCGAUAAUUAUCAUGUACGUCCUGCGUGCGCUGAUCUUUCUGGAAAAGCUGUCCAUUGUGCACGGUGAUAUUAAGCCGCAAAAUCUGGUCAUUGUAGAAUCGGAAAACUACUUCUGUAUCAAACUCAUCGAUUUCGGCACCGUCGAAAAACUGGACACGAGGCGAUCACAAAUUACGGUGGGAGCAGACAAGGCUCACACACGUUUCUUCGCCUCACCUGAGUUUCUCAAACGUGACCGAGACAAUCGAAUUAGUCGACGAUUGCAUAAGAAAUCGGACGUAUGGGCGGCUGGUAUCAUGUUCUAUUAUUUGCUGUUCGACCAGAUGCCGUUCGAAGAUGAGUUUGACUACGAGAAUUUCGUGAAUAGUCCAACGGCGAAAGAGAUAUCAGUGCCAGAAGGUGGCGGCUACAAGGCAGUUUUGGAGAUAUUGUUGAAGAAAGAUCCUGAGCAACGAGCAUCAGCUGAGACAACAUUAAAGAAAGAAAAUGCAAUAUACAGUGCAAUUGCCGAAAUAUUAGAAGCAAAAUUCUACAAAGUUGACGAUGUAUGUAAUAUUACCCUAUCAGAAGAAAUCAGAAAAGAAUUGAACAGUAAAACACUAGCUAAAGUAAAGGUAGCACAGUAA